AUGCAAGGUGUUGCUGCAUCUGUCACUGAUACCCUUGGAAAUAUCAAACCAUGGCUUCAGAAAGUAACAGCUCAAUCAAAGCCUACGGAUGCUCGGUACUUCACGACAACGAAAAAAGGUGAAAUUUUUGAGCUGAAAGCCGAAUUGAAUAGUGAGCGAAGAGAAAAAAAGAAGGAGGCUGUUAAAAAGGUCAUAGCCAGUAUGACUGUAGGUAAAGAUGUUAGUGCUUUGUUUCCAGAUGUAAUCAACUGUAUGCAAACUGAUAAUUUGGAACUUAAGAAGCUAGUAUACCUGUAUCUUAUGAAUUAUGCCAAGACACAGCCUGAUACUGCAAUAAUGGCUGUGAAUACUUUUGUAAAAGAUUGCGAUGAUCCCAAUCCACUUAUCAGGGCGCUUGCUGUGCGAACAAUGGGCUGCAUACGUGUGGAGAAAAUAACUGCCUAUCUCUGUGACCCACUCCGUAAAUGUCUUAAAGACGAAGAUCCAUAUGUCCGCAAGACAGCUGCUGUUUGUGUAGCAAAGCUGCAUGAUAUAGAUGCUCAGUUAGUGGAAGAUAGUGGAUUUUUAGAACUUUUGAGGGAUUUGUUAUGUGACAGUAAUCCCAUGGUAGUCGCUAAUGCUGUCUUACUUGCCUUCGAUGGCCCAGUAAUUAACAAACUUCUGACAGCUCUUAAUGAAUGCACUGAGUGGGGACAAGUUUUUAUACUUGAUGCGAUUGCAGAUUACACACCUAGUGAUGAUCGUGAGGCGCAAAGUAUCAUCGAACGCGUAUCUCCAAGACUAGCACACGCAAACGCUGCUGUCGUUCUAUCAACUGUUAAAGUCAUUAUGAAAAUGUUGGAAAUGGUUGAUCCUACUUCCGAAACUGCAUCGACUGUAAUUAGAAAGUUGGCACCCCCACUAGUAACAUUACUUUCUGCGGAACCGGAAAUUCAGUAUGUAGCUCUGCGCAAUAUUAACUUAAUUGUUCAAAAGCGUAGAGAUAUUUUAAAGCAGGAGAUAAAAGUAUUUUUUGUCAAGUAUAAUGACCCGAUCUAUGUGAAACUUGAGAAGCUAGAUAUAAUGAUACGUCUCAUCAAUCAGUCUAACAUUGGUCAGGUGCUUGCUGAACUGAAGGAAUACGCAAAAGAAGUUGACGUGGAUUUUGUCCGAAAAGCUGUUCGUGCAAUAGGGAGAUGUGCUAUCAAGAUUGAAUCUGCCGCGGAGCGUUGUGUGUCUGCAUUAAUUGAUCUUAUCCAAACAAAAGUUAAUUAUGUCGUUCAGGAAGCAGUUGUAGUGAUCAAGGACAUAUUUAGGAAGUAUCCGAAUAAAUACGAGAGCAUCAUCUCCAUCCUGUGCGAGAAUCUUGAUACAUUAGAUGAGCCUGAAGCACGUGGGUCAAUGAUUUGGAUCAUUGGAGAAUAUGCUGAAAGAAUUGAUAACGCUGAUGAACUACUUGAAUCUUUUCUAGACGGUUUUCAGGAUGAAAACACCCAGGUGCAGUUACAGCUGUUAACUGCAAUAGUAAAGCUAUUUCUUAAAAGACCGUCUGAUACACAGGAACUUGUCCAAACUGUCCUUGGUUUAGCUACACAAGAGUCUGACAACCCAGACCUUCGUGAUAGGGGUUAUAUCUAUUGGCGUUUACUGUCUACAGACCCGGCAGCUGCUAAAGAAGUUGUACUCGCAGAAAAACCACUUAUUUCAGAGGAGACAGAUAUGCUUGAGCCAACGUUACUGGAUGAACUCAUUUGUCACUUAGCAAGCCUAGCUAGUGUUUAUCACCGACCGCCAAGUUCUUUUGUCGAAGGUAGGCAUGUAGCUCGGCGUCAACUUCCAGCACGUGUAAAUGGGGUCUCCUCAGCGCCUGGAGCAAAUUAUAGUGAUUCACAACAAGUAGAUAUUCCAGCUCCUACGGUUAUCCCAACUCAGGAGACAUUAAUUGGGGACCUAUUGGAUAUUGAUCUUGGAAGUGGGCCAUCUACAUAUGAUUCGACGAUGCACCAGUUCUCUCGCCCUCCUGUACCAAAUACUGGAUAUAGUUCAGCGACCCCUGAUCUUUUGGGUGAUGGCUUAGACGAUCUCUUACCUGGUGUUACUAAAACUCAUCCAAGUGAAGAACAGAAGACUCAGUCUGGAGGAGCAUCUUCGUCGGCUGCCGACGUGUUGGCAGAUAUUUUCGGAGGAAUCAAAAUGUCUGAUCUUUCUGGUGAUACUGGCUUCUUUGUGCCACCUGAAACUGUUUUACUGGAAGCUGCUCGUGGUAAAGGUCUCGAAAUUCGUGGUACAUUUUCUCGUAAGACAGCUACCGCACAAGUUUUUAUGGAGCUGACAUUGACUAAUAAUGCACUAACUCCCAUGUCUGGAUUCGCUAUACAAUUUAAUAAAAAUAGCUUUGGCUUAGUUCCAGCCCAAGCACUAAAUGUCCCUACUCCUUUGAUGCCUCAUCAAUCUGUUAAUGUAUCCCUUCCGUUAGCAACUACUGGUCCUGUAAUGAAGAUGGUUCCACUUAUGAAUCUACAGAUUGCUGUCAAGAAUAAUAUUGACGUAUUUUACUUUGCUACGUUGGUACCAAUGCAUAUUUUGUUUGUCGAAGAUGGAGAAAUGGAUAAACGAGUUUUCCUAGCUACCUGGAAAGAUAUACCUAGUCAAAAUGAACAACAGUUUACUUUGAGUCCAAAAAAUCUCACUGCUGAUGCUUGUAGCAGUAAAUUACGUCAAAACAAUGUAUUCACUAUUGCUAAACGUAAUUUGGAUGGUCAAGAUAUGCUUUACCAAUCUAUGAAGCUUACAAACGGUAUCUGGGUAUUAGCCGAAUUGAAAAUUCAACCAGACAAUCCGUCUUUUAUUUUAUCAUUAAAAUCACGGACAAUGGAUGUACAUCCUUGUGUUCAAUUGGCAUUCGAUGAAAUUUUAAAUCAUUGA